AUGAUUCUCCGUUUCUUCAAACACCUUGUUUUUCGCUAUUAUGGAAAAUUUUUGGUCGGCUUUUUUCUAUCGCUUUAUUUACUUUACUACUGCUGUUAUCGAUGGCGCGACUCAGAGUUGUGUGAACUCAAUUUUGUUUUACAGUCUGAAGCGAAAGUCAACACGCGUUCGCUAAAAGCUGAGUAUCUGUUGCAGGAGAUCAUAAAAUCAAACGGUUUCCUUGCUGCAACGAGAACAAACAAUGAGAAUAAAAUAUUAUCCUCUGGUCAUCGCGUUUGCGUCGUGGAUCCAGCUCUGACAGAGUGCCAGAACAUGGGAUUUGCUGCUCUUCUUCUCCGAACGAUUGACGAUAUUCUUCUCUGCGAGGCUUUGGGAAGCGAUCGACCAGUUGUGUAUUGGAAAGCAUGUAAGUCAGUUUGUUCUAGGGAUCCCAGAGUUAAUUCGUGGGAAUGGUACUUUGAACCCAUCGGCAGUGGCUUAUUGGAAUCACAAGCGGAACGAGUUUUAUGCCCUUUGAUGCUCGAGAACGAAGAGAGCAUGCUUCGAACUUACCCUAAUCUAAAGCUAAUUUUAAACAGCAGUUUUAGAAAUCGAUCGAACACCGUUGGCUUUGCCAAUAACAGAAUAAUAACAGAAAAAGAGAGAAGAAGAGUAAACCAAAUGCUUCAACAGUACAUUAAACCCAACAACAGAAUUAUUCGAAAGCUUAAUAACUUUUAUCAACGAUACCUCGCGAGGAGUACCGUUUUAGGGGUACAUGUUCGAGGCACAGAUCAUUGGAUGGAGACGAAUGAGAAAAGGCUGCCACAUUUAAUGAGCUGGGUUGAAAGUGCCCAGUCAAUUCUUAAAGCACUGCCGCAACCAAGCAAAAUAUUUAUUGCUAGUGAUAACGACGAAGUUAUUGAGAAGUUUGUUGCCGUUCUUGGAUAUGAUAAGGUAAGUUCUUUGCAUAUUAUUCUCAGUUUUCAGCUUUGUAUCUUCCAUACGUUUCGCUGUCUAAGGGGUCGUUGACUGUUGAUUGCACAAUUGUUAUUUUCCGAGCUAAAAUGGUCAAACAACAUCAAUUAACGUUUCGAUUCCCUGCAGUGGAGGCACAAUAUUCCUUACCCCGCCUUCCAAUUAUUUUCCAAGCGGGGUGACUUCAUUAAAUCUAGUUUGUCUUUCUAAUCCAGUUUGAGGUAAAUAUUGGUUGUUUGGGUGUUUGUUGGUGUUGUUGCAGAAACUAUUUUUGAUUGCUCAAAAAUUGCUCGAAAAAACGAAAACUUUUUUUGGUCUGAAGCUAAAAUGUGCACAUUGUACAACGAAAGUAAGAUUUCUAAAAAUUUUUGUGCAAUUUUGCGCCGUAACCAGCGAUGCUAAUUACUUUGUCCUCAAUUAAAACCAAUAAAUGUAAAGAGGCGAUUAAAUUGUUGAAUGACCUUCUUCACCCGGGACACUCAAGUCAGUCGAGUGUGAAUCUUCGUCCACCAUUUAGAAUUUUCUCUAAAAAUCGCUGACCUUGCGGCUGGACUUUUAUCUUGCGCCCAUGAUCUGCCCCAGGGGGGAGGAUUUGGAUCCUCUUUUUCUACAGGAAAUUAAUAAAUUGUCUACUAAAACAUUGUUAAAUGUGGAAGAAAGGCCAAUUUAAGCAUAUUUUCGUCCCCAAAGCCCGUCGUUUUUUGGUCACGUAGUCGGUUACAAAUUAAGCCGAGUGGCUCUGGGGACGAGAAUGAUUUAAGCACUAAAAGCUGCUCUGAUAUCUCAGAAUUAGAACAUAACUAGAGAAGUUGCUCAGAAUGCAAAAAGUUGCUCAAAACGACUCAAAGUGAGGAAAGAGGAGAAGUUGCCAAAAAGUUAGACAUAAAUAACAAAACAGCUAAGAGAAAAGCGACUUGAGUUUUCCGAUAUUUCGGACGGACAGGCUGUCCUUUUUCAGAGGAUUUAAUGAAGAAUCGGUAAGUCGUUACAAUAGACCUUUUUACCGAUACGGCGGCCAUAUUAAAUUAAUUCGAUUUAAGGAGUAUUAUAGGAUGCCCAGGUGGCAUGAGCACAUUUCGUUUGUAUUUUCGAGCGCUUCUUGGGACAUUUUUUCUUACAGUUUUCUAAGAAUAAGAUUGUAAUGGGAAAAAAGAUACUUGUGCCGUGUUUUGAUGUAUAUAAUGAUCGUCCUUUUCCCGGGAAAUAUACAGUGAAAAACCAUAUUUCUAAUACUAAAUAGAAAAAGGCGAUCAUUAUUAGAUCCAAACACGGCACAAGGAUCUUUUUUCCCAUUACAAUCUUAUUCUAAGAAAACUUUAAGAAAAAAUGUCCCGAAAAGCGCUCGAAAAUACAAACGAAAUGCGCUCAUGCCCCCUGGGUAUCCUAUAUAUAAUACUCCUUAAAUCGAAUUAAUUCAAUAUGGCCGCGGUAUCGGUAAAAAAGGUCUAUUCAAAUAGUAUAGACGAGUAGCUGUUGGAAAUUUAAUAGAAAGGUAAUUUAAAAAACUAAAUGGGCCAAUGAUGAGAAACGAUUCAGACAAAUAAAUAAAAUAACAUAAAAUAACAUAAAUAAAUAAAUAAAAAUAAUAUUGAAAUUAAAAAUUUAAAAAAAAAAUCACAAAAAAUAAAAAUAUUGGAAAUAUAAAUAAAAAAUGUAUAAAGAAAUAUCAUGAUAAUAAUAAUAAUGAUAAUAAUAGUAAUAAUAAUAAUAAUAAUAAUAAUAAUAAUAAUAAUAAUCAAAUAACUCAAAAUGAAAUGAAACAAAGAGUAUAAUAAUAAUGAAAUCAAUAAGUAUAUAAAUGGUUUAAUGGUCGUCCUCUCUGUUUAUUCGGCUUCUCCGUAGGAAGUAUAGGGAAAACUCCAGUCGCUUUUUCUCUUUGCUGUUUUGUUAUUUAUGUCUAUAUAAUUUUUGUCCUGGAUAAACAGCAGGAUUUGGCUGCCGUCAUUUUGCAUAAAAAGUGCUAAAAAGUUGCCUUGUGGAAAGCCAGGAUCAAUUUAGCUUUCUAGGAAACUGCCCACCUACCCCUCCCCUAAGCUAACAUUAACACUUACUUCUCGCUUGGGGCAAAAUAAUGGCUUAGGGGAGGGGUAGGUGAGCAGUUUCCCAGAAGCUUAAAUUGAUCCGAAAGCCCUAGCGGGUGUUGUUCCGAGUGUCUUUUUAGUCUUUUUUAUUACGUCAUUUGGUGAUUGCAACCACCCGCAACACAGGCAACAUUUCUACACCUCUGUGUUGUAACCUCCGUUAAUACGGCCUCAAACGGGCCAUGAAAAUUUGGACGUCUUGACUUACGGAGCUUUAGCAACGACAACGGCGACAGCGACGGCAACGAGAACGUCAAAAAAGCAAUAGGUUUUUGAAGCAAAACAACGACUUUACACCUGCAUCACGCUUUUUUGUCAUUUCUUUGCCGUCACUGCUCGACUACGGCGUGAAAUUGCCUAAUUUCACUUUUUACGGGAGGACGUAAACAAGCGACGACGAAUUGUUCUUUCUCUUUCUUAACUUGAGUGCAGUUCCCAAGAAAUCAACUCCAGGGAAAAAUUCGCCCUCAUUAGACAUUUUGAGCGAAUCGGAAUAAAAAUGACAAAGCUUGAAAAAAAGAAUUCAUUUUAAAAGUGAUGUUCUCGUUGCCGUUGCCAUCGCCGUCGCGGUCGUCGAUGCUAAAGCCCUCUUUUUUAUAGGGAAUGGUCAACCUAGUCCCCAGGCGUUUUCGACUCGGUCAUUCCUGGACUCUACCAUGAACUGUGACGUCACCGAGAGAUACUCGCCGAGUUAAUCGCCCGAGUUCUCUCGCCCGCUCUCUCCCACACUUCGCGCGGACAACGGAUCAAGAGAGAACGCCUAGGGACUAGGCUGGGGUAUGGCCAUUCACGGCUACUUUUUUCACCUCUAUUAAUAUAGUAUUUUAAGGAGUGCUAUUACAUUGCUCAGUUUGUAUUAAGGAACAUGGCUAAUCAGAAGCGAACAACAUGACCUUUUCCAGGCAUUUUCAGUUAAAAAGAAAAACGCCUGUCGAGAUUUUUUUUUCAACCUCGCUCACAAAGUUCUCUCCUUUGGGGGUCGAGCAACUGAGAGAGCCCUGGGAACGAGGUUUCCUUGACCCCUGUAUUAAAGGACAAAAUGCAUAGGAGAACGGCGAUCGUCAAGAAGAGCUGUUUAUUAUAAUCGCUGCCAGUUAUCUCAACUUUCUCUCCAGUAAUCCCAGCGAUAUUAGGGAAGCAACGACAGCAACGGCUACGAAAACGUCACUUAAAAAUUGAAUUCGCGCUGCCUCUAACUUUGUCGCCCUUAUUCCAUCUCGUUUAAUUCGUCAAAUGUUCGCAAUUUGAUUUGCACUUUAAUUCAGAAAGGACUGUUUCAAAGCUCAGGAAAAGAAGAAGAAAGUUGUUGUCUUGUGUUCCCGUCCUCGACAAAACGUGAAAUUAGGCACUUUCACGUUGUAGCCGUGCAACGACGACUAAGAAAUCUACAAAAAAUGGCGAUGCCCGUGCAGAGAUGUUGUUUUGCUAAUCUAAGCCUAUUGCUUUUUUGCGGUUCUCGUUGCCAUCACCGUCGUCCGUGCUUAAGCUUCUUAUUGUAGCAAUUACAUGCAAACCAGCCUUGGUUUAAUGUAAAUACAGUCGACUCCCUCUUAACGGACACCUCUAUAAGAGGGACACCUCUGUAAAACGGACACCUAGAGUUGGCCCCUGCCUUUGCUCAUUCCCUUUAUUUGACUCUUUAUAAGACGGACAUCUCUCUAAGACGGACACUUGGUGCCUGUCCCAAAGGUGUCCGUCUUGGAGAGAGUUGACUGUAAUUAUUUGAGACUUAUUCUUUGCUGGGUGUGUUUUGUCAUCAGGUUGUUUUCACCAAAGCUUUCAGAGCAAGUAAGUACGACAGUCCAAUACCUUCGCAUGAUUUUCAGUUCGAGGACAACCCCGCUGACCCAUACGAACGCGUUAUAGGUACUCAAGUAUUGCUGGAUAUUCUGUUGUUAGCAAAGUGUGACCACUUCCUACACGCCGAGUCCAGCGUGGCCUCGCUUGCAAGCUACUUCAACCCAGCUAUGAAAAGUUAUUUCCUGGAUGAAACGCAAGUAAAGGUAACGUGUUUCAUCUAUAUGACGACUUAA